UAAGUGCUGUAGACUAUUGAAUAGACAGCAUCACUAAAGAGCAUGUUCAAAUUCAUACUGAUUGUGUAUUUGGCAACAAUCAACUUGACAUCAGGAAGUAAAAAUAUUAGUGAGGUAAGACAGUAUCGGAAAUCAUCAGAGGAAGAUGAUAGAGUUGACAAUAUUUGGAACGAGUUGCAAGGAGUAUGUCUACAUGGAAAUCAACGAGAAACUGUGCAGGAGCUGAAAAAGGAUACACGAGUUUUACUAAAAAAUAUGGCAAUAUACAAAGAUGUUGUUAAAAUGAAUAAACAAUUGAAAAAUGAUAUCAAGUGGAUCUUAGAAGAAACUCGAGGGGAAAAAGAAAUAUCAAGGAUAGUAAGUCUAUUGAAGAAUGAUUUCAAAGGAAUAUGUGCAAAACCAGCAAAAGAUUGUACUGAGCUUAAGAAGUACAACGAAAAAUCCGGCAUAUACAAAAUAUCUCAAGGAAAUUCGGUCCUAAAGGUUUACUGUGAUAUGACAACUGACGGAGGUGGUUGGUCGAUAAUCCAAAGACACCAGGAUGGAAUCGUGGAUUUCCAACGAACAUGGGCAGAAUAUGAAAAUGGAUUUGGAAAUGUUGAAGGUGACUACUGGUUAGGUAACAAGCAUAUCCAUCAAAUGACAUCUAGUGGCAAAUACGAACUAAGGAUAGAUUUGAAAAACACUAAAAAUGAGAAGAAAUACGCUGUGUACAAACAAUUCAGUCUCGGAGAUGCAGCAUCAAAAUACAAACUAAGUAUUGGAAGUCACAGUGGAAAUGCAGGUGAUUCGAUGAAGUAUCAUAAUGGAAGGGUGUUUUCCGCCACUGACCAAGACAAUGAUACGACCAGUAGUGACUGCGCCAAGAGCUAUGGGCCUUGGUGGCAUGGAGAUUGCUGCUGGAGUGCACUCAACAAAACGUUCAGCUCCAACUUUUAUUGGUACACUUUCUCUAACCAUACUGCCAAAACAUCUAUCAUGAUGAUCAGAAGAAUAUAG